ACCCACAGCGGCCUUUGCACCGAGCUGUCGCUGGAGUUUACGGUCUGACAAUAAACUGGUGCCAAGGUGAACAAUAAAUCAUAGCGACGACACCAACUGAACCGAACCGAGAUGCGGGUAGUGAUUUCUCGCGGGAGCAGGUCAGAUUUUCGAGUGAAAGUUAUUAAUUGCCAUCAUGCACUGAAAGAGCAGUUCGGACUCUAACCACAUGUUAAGAAUACGCACUCAAGCGAAGAUAGUCCUUGUGCGGUUUAGCAUAAGCGUUGUGGAACAGGAUCUUCUCUUUACACGCUGACUGAGGUGAUGUUCAGGUUUAUGAGCGAGUUAUCAACUGAACAUUGCUCAGGGUGUGUUCCCUUACUGUUAGGGCCAUAAAAUUCGGAUGGUCCGAUUCCCUGAAAGCAGACUCAGGAGUUCAGCGCCAGCUAACUCCAGCAGAAUCCUCGGGGUGUAGUGCAUCUUGUCCAGCUAAGUUAUAUAACUGCAAAUUUUCAGCCUCUCCGGCAUCUUCUUCUUAGUCAUGAUCAAAGAUUCUUGAUGGGCAAGCGAGUGAAGUUUUUGCAAGCAGUCGCAGGGAUGUACUGCUGAGAUCACAUCUGAGCUGGGAUCAUAGAGAAUGGCGCAAGAGAAUUGAGGGGGGGCGAAUAUCCUGUUACUAAUUCAACACAGCAGCUGUAUCGUCUGACAAGUUAGAGAGAACCGGAAUCUGUCAACACCUGCCUUCACAAUGGCUGAAGGAACCGAUCAGGGACGAGAUCCAGUGGCGUCAAUAUCAGGAAAAUACCCGGGUGCGAGCUCGGUGAUCACCGAACUCCUGGCAAACUGGGACGAUCUCAAGCUUCUGCAAUUGACUAACUUCUACCGGGACAGGCUGGAGCAGGCGAUAGAAGGGGGGAUAUACGGGCUGAGCCUGGCGUUAACCUUCGAGAAUCAGUUCAGUGGAGAGGAACAUCGGAAAAUCUCUGAUCUCGCUGAUAAGGGAGAGCGGGCGGACAGUUCUAAACUCCUCUUGAGCCUCGUGAUGGAGAAAGGAUCCCGCGCCCGGAGGGUGAUGUGGGAAACGUUCGUGAAAAUCCGGAAUGGCGUCCCAAAGGUGGACAAAAUACUAAAAGAAAUACAGGAGCAUGGUUGCGCCCCGUAUGAUCGAUCAAGCCAUACUCGGGAUCUACGGGAGAUUCCCAAUGAGCUGAAAGAUGUUCAAAAGAAACACAGGGAGACUCUGCGGGCGCAAACUGAAACACUGAGAGUGAACACGAUCCUGGGCGAGAAGGUGAAGGUUUUCCAGCUGGUUGAUCGAUACGCUGAGCUCACGGUCAUUUCCACAGUUCGAGAUCGGAGACUGGUGGAACAUGAGCUGCUGGCAAGAGGCAGAGACCACGAGGGGAGGAGAGAGAAACAUCUCCACAGGGAGCUGGAAAGAAUCCGGGCUGAUCAGUUGUUCCAGAGCAGCUUUUCCCACAGUAAAUCUAAAUCUGGGAGUUCGGCAGCAGUGGCCGGAGCCCCAGCGAUCGGGAAAACAACAAUGGUACAAAAGAUUGUUUAUGACUGGGCCACGGGGAAAAUAUACCAACAAUUCCAAUUUGUCUUCAGUUUCAAAUUCCGCGAUUUAAACUCAAUCAACUGUAGAAUAAACCUGAGGGAACUGAUUCUGGAUCAGUAUCCUUACUUCGGGAAGUUACUGACAGAGGUCUGGAAGAACCCAGAGGGAUUGCUGUUUAUAUUUGAUGGUUUGGAUGAAUUCAAGCACAAAAUCGAUUUUGCUGACAGUCAGAGAGACACAGAACCCAAGCACCAGUGCCCAGAUCCUGAGUGGUGGUGUGAAGUGUCUGACAUUGUGUACAAUUUAAUCCAGCACAAGCUACUCCCAGGGUGUUCAGUGCUGGUGACCACCCGUCCCACUGCGUUACAUUUAUUGGAAAAGGCGAAGAUCAGUCUGCGGGCUGAAAUCCUGGGAUUUGUUGGCGAGGAACUGAAGAAAUAUUUCGUCAGGCAUUUUGUAGAUCAGUCGGUGGCGAUAGCUGUUUUCAAAGACGUUGAGGAGAACGAAAUUCUGUACACCAUGAGCCACAACCCCUCCUACUGCUGGAUCCUUGCUCUGGCACUGGGUCCCUUCUUCACCAAAAAAGAUAGACACCGGCAGCGAGUUCCCACGACCAUCACCCAAAUCUAUUCCUACUAUAUUUACAACAUCCUGAAAAACCACGGCCGUGAGAUUGAGAGCCCACGUGAUGUGUUACACAGGGUUGGUCAGAUGGCGUUCAGAGGACUGUGUGAUAAGCAGAUUAUAUUUACAGGUGGAGAUUUGAUAAACUACAAUCUACAGCCUUCCCAGUUCCUGUCCGGGUUUCUGAUGGAGCUUUUGGAAAGAGAGGAUUCUGACGGCUGUGUGGUGUACACAUUCCCACACCCCACCGUCCAAGAGUUUGUAGCUGCACUCGCACAUUUCCUGACUCCACAUACCAAGGAUAGCCUGGGAUUGCUUAUUGAAGCCCACAGCAUGACGGAUGGACGAUUUGAGGUAUUUCUCCGUUUUGUUGCUGGUCUUUCCUCACCCACGACAGCUCGGGUCCUGGAGGAGUUUCUGGGUCCACUUCCUCAUCAAACAACCUGCCGGGUGAUUGACUGGGUGAAGAGCGAGAUUGAAUGCCAGACUGGAAACACUACGAGCAAAAUAAAUAAAAGAAGCCUCCUGAACGCCUUGAACUACCUGUCUGAGUCUCAGAAUCGCGGACUAGCCCAAGCCACACUGGAAUCUGUAAAAACACUUUCAUUCAUUGGACUGACACUGACCCCAAUUGACUGUGCGAUCCUGUCUCAUGCCAUCGGACUCUGCGAUACAAUAAACCACCUUGACCUCUGGAACUGCCACAUUCAGUGUAAGGGACUGGAGCGGCUGUUGCCCGGGCUGCACAAGUGCAAGGAUCUGAGACUUGAUUCGAAUGACCUGGGAGUUUCAGGAGUGAAACUGAUGUCUGCGGUUCUGAGAAAUCCGGAGUGUAAAAUACAGAAACUGGGGCUGUGGAAUGUAGGUCUCACAGAUUCUGGUGUCGAGGAUCUCGUCUCCGCUCUCAGUACAAACCAGUCAGUGGUAGUGCUGAACCUGGGAUCAAACUCGUUCACAGACCGAUCUGUCCCCGCUCUCCGCCAUCUCAUACUGACACUUCCGAGGCUGGAGUGGAUCGUGCUGUGGGCGAAUCGGUUCAGUUGGACCGGAGAGGAGGAACUGAGGUCUUUGCGGGGACCCAGACCCGGUCUGAGAGUGACUGUGUGAGCAGCUGAAUCUGUCAACAUCCCCGCCCGCGUGUUGGGAUAUUUUGGCCGAUUGCCCGCCCUAAUGGACCAGAUUGUAACGGACCCCGGCUUCAGCCGAGCGCUCGGUGACAGUUCCAUAUACGUAAAUUCCCCCCUCCCCCCCCCCCCCCAGCGGCGCUGCUUCACUGGACGUCCAGGUCCCAGUGCUGCCCCCAGGGGGACCCUGGGGAAUUACACAGACACGAAGAGUCCGGGGAUGGGGCUCAGUCAGGGGCACCAGUGUCCCGGGCGGGAUUAUGCUGGGAGAGAAUCCUUUUGCUCACUUUGUCGAGGACGGUACAUUCUACAGUGUGUUCGAUAUAAUUAUAUCGCAAUGACCCUGGAACAGCAGCGAUCUGGUUCUCUGCCCUGAUUUUGUAAUAAUCGGUUCCCCGAUCCAGAGUGACAGUGAGAAACGAGACUGAUCAUUCAACGAAAAACAACAGAAAAUCUGCAGAUCUGCAGAACCCUGCAGGCCUCUCCACGUUUCAAGCUCCCGCCCCGUGUGCUCUCAUUGCGUUGCAGGCUCGAAGGGCCGAAUGGCCUACUCCUGCACCUAUUUUCUAUGUUUCUAUGUUUCUAUACCCACCCCCAGUACACAUCCUAUAACUCUGCAUUGUCUAUCAUCUCUUUGCCCAUCUAAAAAACUCUUAACUGUCACUAAUGUAUUGGCCACAAUCACCACUCUUGGUAGUGCAUUCCCAUCACCCACUACUGUCUAUGUAACAGACCUGCACUUCACAGCUCCUUUGUAAUUACCCAUAUCUCACCUUAAAUAUAUCCCUUCUGUUAUCUGAUAUUUCAACCCCGGGAAAAUAGAUACCGUCUAUCUUCUAUACCGAUGUAUCUAAUAAUCUUAUAAAACUCUAUCAGAUCUCCUCUCGGCUUCUUCCACUACGGAGAAAAUAAUCUCAGUUCGUCCAAAAUCAGUUAUAAUCCAUCCUCUCUAAUCCAGGCAGCAUCCCGGUUAACGUCUUCUGCGUGUUCUACAAAGACUCGAGAUUUUUCCUCUGAUCCGGCCACCAGAGUUAAAUGGAUUACUCCAGGUGCCAUCUCAUUGGAUCUUUGUAAAACGCUCCAUGUUGGUAUCUUUCCAAGAAUAUCACAAACUCUUAUCUAGGAAAGCAGCUUCAUGUGCAGCACCGUGUCAAACGACUUCCGAAAAUCCAAGUAAACAACAUCCACCGACUCUUUUUUUGUCUAUACUGGCUGUUAAUUCCUCAGAAAUAAUUGGAAUAGAUCUGAGAGGCAAAAUUUCCUAAGGAAACAAUGCAGUCUUUGGCUUAUUUGAUCAUGUAUCCCGAAACCUCACCCUCCGACAUUUUCCCAACCAUAAAGUUACACCAACUGGCUGAUAAUUUCCUAUUUCCCCCCCCCCCCCCCUUCUUAAGGAGUAGAGUGACAUCUGCAAUUUUCUAGUCGUCAGGAGUCAUUCUGGAUUCAACUGUUUCCCAAAGGGCACUGUCAAUGUCUCAGCAAUACCUUUAGUUACUUUUUCAGAAUUCUGAAGUAUUUUGCAUCCGGCCAGGUGCCUGAUCUACCUUCAGACCUUUCAGCUUCUCAAGCACCUUCUCAUUAGUGAUGCCAACUCAGUUCUGCUCCCUAACACUCUUCCAUUUCCGGUGGACUGCUGGUGUCUUCCCCAGAGACGACUGGCGCAAGAUAGUUGUUGAAAUCUCCCGCCAUUUCCUUCUACGCCCCAUUACGACCUCUCCUGCAUCACAUCCACAAUAGCCUCUCUUUUCCUCUUUUUAUCUCUGGGGAAGAAAAGGGUUUUCGUAAACUCAGACACUUGUGGGAGAGGAGAGGGUCUACGCUGUGAGGGGUGCGUUGAGCGAGAAGGGAGCGCUGAAGAGGGAGGGGUACAGAAAAGCGGGAGAUGUAGGGCAGGUUCCAUCUCAUUGGCUCUUCCCUCAACCCUGGAAUGUCUGCACAGCAUAGAUGCAUACAUCAGGAUGUUCUUUAUCUCAGCAUUUAAUAUCACCAUCUACUCAAAACUAUUCAAUAAUCUCCAAGACCUUGGUCUCAGCGCCUGCCUGUUUAAUUGGAUCUGAGAUUUCCUUAUUUGCAGACCCCAUUCAGUUCGGAUUGGCAACAGCGUCUCCUCCACGAUUUCCAUCAGCACAGGUGCACAACAGGGCUCUGUGCUUAGCCCCCUGCUUUACUCGGUUUACACCUAUGACUGUGUGGCUAAGCACAGCCGAAAUUCCAUAUUCUCGUUUGCUGAUGGAACCACUGUUGUGGGCCGAAUCAAAGCUGGCGAUGACUCAGCAUAUAGGAGAGAAAUUGAAAAUUUGCCGGAGAGGUGCCAGGAACCUCUCAGUCUAUGUCACCAAACGUUGACUGAGUAAGUCAAUGGAGAGGGUUAGGAACUUUUUAUUCGUUGGUGUUAAUAUUUCAGGGGACCUGUCCUGAGCCCAGCACGCAGAUGCAAUUGUGACGAACGCACUGCAACUCCUCUAUUUCCUGAAGAUUCUGCGGGGGUUCGGCAUAACAUCUAAAACUUUCACAAACCUCUAUGGAUGUGCAAUGGAGAGUGCAUUGACUGGAUGCAUCACGGCCUGUUAUGGAAACUACAAUGUGUAUAAACCGAAUAUCCUACGAAAGAUAAUGGAUUCGGCCCAGUAGCUCACGGGUAAAGCCCAGCAGACCGUUGAACACAUCUACCUGAAAUGCUCUUGCACGAAAGAAGCAUCCAUACUCAAAGAUCUUCAACAACCAGCCGAGACUGUUUUGUCGCUGUUGACAGCAAACAGAAGUUACAAGAGCCUCAAGACACGGACCAACAGGUUCAAGAACAGCUACCACCCCACAGCCAUAGGGGUCUUGCAUAGAGGGGUUAACUAUUCUUACUUGUUCAUCCAUUGAGAUAAUCCCACAAUCUCACUUUAAGGACGUUUCAGUUUGUUAUUUCAUAUUCUGAUUAUGUAUUAAUGCACAUUUUUUUUUGUGUUCUGCACUCUGGUUGAUGGUUCAUUGAUCUUGCUGUAGUAACUAUAACAUCGAUUUACUGAGAAUGUCCACAGGAAAUGAAUCUCAGGAUUGUAUAUGGUGACAUAUAAGUACUUUGAUAAUAAAGUUUACUUUGAU